AUGGCCUCAGGAAAGAUUCUCAUCUACGGUGGACGCGGUGCACUCGGUGCUUCGUGCGUGCAGUUUUUCAAAAAGAACAACUGGUGGGUUGGUUCGAUCGAUCUGACAGAGAAUGAUGCGGCCGACGCCAACAUUGUGGUGGACCGUGAUGCGGAUUGGGUGUCCCAAGAAGCGGCCGUAUUGAGCAAGGUCGGUACGGAGCUGAAUGGCGAAUCGCUGGACGCCAUCAUCUGUGUGGCCGGUGGCUGGGCUGGUGGGAACGCAAAAAAGGAUCUGGCGAAAAACUCCGACCUCAUGUGGAAGCAGUCGGUGUGGUCGUCAGCCAUUUCGGCUACGGUAGGUGCGAACCAUCUGAAGCCGGGUGGUUUGCUUGUGCUGACUGGAGCUAAUCCCGCACUUGAGGGAACCCCUGGAAUGAUUGGCUACGGUAUGGCGAAGGCAGCCGUGCAUCAGCUUACGAAAAGCUUGGCCGGUGACAAAUCCGGAUUGCCAGAUAAUUCGCUCGUCAUUUCCAUCCUUCCCGUGACGCUGGAUACACCGAUGAACCGCAAAUGGAUGCCGGAUGCGGAUACUUCUACUUGGACGCCGCUCGAAUUCCUUGCAGAGUUGUUCCACAAGUGGUCCAAAGGAGAGGAACGUCCCGCCAACGGUAGCCUGGUGAAGCUGAUUACCAAAGACUCCAAAACUGAGCUGGUAAUCGUCUAA